UUACGCGCGGAGACGAGCGGACAUGUGUCGCCUGUUAUUAAUCAUACAGGAAGAAAAAAAAAUACCGUGAACCCGCGUCAGCUCAGCCUGAAAUCACAAUAUAGCGCCGAGCCACAGACGGACACACAGUUCACUCGUGUUUUUUAUUCAACAAUCGGAAUGGAAUAAGGACGUACGGGCUUUCACCGAAUCACCUGAGGAGCGCGGUGUGACUGUCCUCUCCAUUGGAACAGCGGCACAUUCCGACCCCUCCAUGCCCGAGCCGGGAGCCGCUGCGCGCCGGAGCCCGCAGGGGGUUCCUUACGCCGAGCUGCGACACUUCGUCAACGCCGACGGGCUGCACCUGUUCUGCCGCUACUGGGAGCCCGCCGCCCCGCCAAGGGCUCUGGUGUUAAUCGUCCACGGGGCCGGGGAGCACUGCGGGCCGUAUGAUGAGAUCGCACAGAAGCUGAAGGAACUGUCCAUGCUGGUAUUUGCACACGACCACGUUGGCCAUGGUCAGAGUGAAGGAGACAGGAUGAACAUCAAAGACUUCCAGGUUUACAUCAGAGACUCCCUGCAGCACGUUGACCUGGUGAAGUCUCGCCACCCAGACCUGCCCGUCUUCAUCGUGGGUCACUCCAUGGGUGGUGCGAUCUCCAUCCUGGCGGCCUGUGAAAGGCCCGGUGACUUCGCUGGAGUGGUCCUGAUCGCUCCGAUGGUCCAGAUGAACCCCGACUCAGCCACGCCGUUCAAGGUUUUCAUGGCGAAGGUCCUCAACCACAUGGUGCCCAGCCUCUCUCUUGGCUCCAUCGAUUCCAAAUGGAUCUCACGGGACAAAAAGCAGGUGGAGACGUAUGCCACCGAUGAGCUUAUCUUCCACGGGGGCAUGCGGGUGUCGUUCGCCAUGCAGCUGAUGGGGGCGGCGGCACGUAUCGAGAAGGAGAUUCCGUCCAUCAACUGGCCUUUCCUGCUCCUGCACGGCGACGACGACAAGCUGUGUGACAUCAGAGGCUCCAAGAUGAUGUACGAGAAUGCUCCGUGCUCGGACAAGAAAAUCAAGGUGUUCGAGGGAGGCUACCACUGCCUUCACCACGAACUCCCGGAGGUGGCCGACGCCGUGCUGAAGGAGGUGACCGGCUGGAUCACAGAGCGCCUCCCCGCUGCAACUUCGCCACAACCGCAAGGCUCCUAGAAUCGGGACUUUGGCAAAGCGGCCGCCGCUCCGAGGGAACUUCACACCCUCAUUCCAAGAGGCCAGCUCGCUUUCCAGUCAGGCAAAACAAUAACACUACUACUCCACUCUCUGCUAUAUAGAUAGGUUUUAUUUUCUCUGGAUGAAAAAGCGUACUGAUUGGGCGCAAACUAUAUGAAACUAAAUAUAUCAACCUCAAACCAAGUUACUCAAAUUGAACAAUGGGGGUCGGAAAAAAACGUCUUAUUGUAGAUCAGUUCUCCUGCAAAGCAUUUAAUCAGGGAUUUCCGUCAGCGGCCAGCCAUGUGAUCAUCUCCGUUGGACCUCUCCGGGGUGCAGCUCAAGUUAAUUAACGUUUGUGUGCUGGGCUUCAGCACGUGCAAUAAUGAAGUUUCCUUUCCUUUCUUUUUAAGAAGUAAGGUCAAACCUGAUGUAGUACAUUAGUGAUCUGCACAUUUUCCCCCGGGAUGAGAGAGGUCAGAGGUCAGAAUCAGCAGGGGAACAGCGCUCCGGAGCUCCCAUAUGUUCAGUGCAGGGUGAACGGUCGAUAGCUCCGUCUUCACAAAGCUUUGCUGUCUUCACAGAGUCAUUACGGUGCCAGAUCAGUGGAUACGGUGGAGCGCAGGUUCCAGGUUUGGUUGGCGUCUUUUGACACUCGUGUAAACUCGUAUCAAAAGCACAUGUCACUGUGUAUAUAUAUCAUACCCUCUUUUGUCCUGGCUUUUGCAUGUCCCUAUUCUUUGGCCUGACAGAUGCUCGGCACUGAUAUAUUACAUUACUUUCCCACCACCUCCAUUUAUUGACUGAGUCAUGAAUGGACACAAUGGCGUUCCACUUUCAGUGAGCUUUAACAGUCCACUGCCAUGACGAGGACGUGGAAUAACAAGGUGAAGCCGUUUUCUCUCCCUGUAAGAGGGAGAAUGCAAAGUCACCCCCCCCCCUGUGACCUUUUGACCUUUAAGGUCACAGUUGAUUUCACUUUUAGGGUCAUUCUCUGCAGCUGUAACAUCAUUAAGCUCGGACUGCAGACAAGAACCCAGCUGGAAGAAUAAAGGGCACCCAUGGCUCCGUCACUGCGGACAAAAGAGUAGAUGUCCUCUGUUCAACAGCCUCUGUCAUUGAGUGACACGUUUAUCCAGAGCGGCUCUAAGUAACAUGAACGUAUGCAACUUCUUGCAUGAGUCGAUAGUGGGAAUCCAACCCCUCAGAACUAUGACAAAGGCGUUUUUUUUGGAGAACAGGAUGUUCUGGAGAAUAGAUUCCAGAUGAGGAGGAACGGCAGCGAUGUGACUGAGAGGAUAGCUCUUUCUAUGGAGAGACCACUAAGAAUUAAAGAUUGUACCAGAAUAUAGAAUAUAGUCUCCAUACAUAUAUGUUAACACAUUAUUAUUAGGGUGGGUACUUUAUAGAGAGAUUUUAGUAUUUGAUAUGAAAAUGUUUUGAAGCAGUUUGUACACCCUAAUGAACACUAAAUAUAUAGAGGAUAUAAUUGAUUUGAUUCAAACUAAUAAAAAGAAACUUUACAACCGCAGGCUAGAAAUAAUGUGCUGUAUCUUUUUUCUAAAUCCCAUCUGCUGAAGCAGUGGUCCAGCGAAUAUUCUCUAUGUUCCCAAAGUACGAACCUGUCACUUCUCAAGGACUCGAGGUACCUAAAAUCAGCCCUGGCUUCAAAUCCUUUUUCAACAGAACCAUAGCAAUAAUGUCACAGCAGCCUAUACUUUUGUUAGCCGUUAAUUGUAAGCUAGAUGGACUCACGCUGAGCUGCGCAUUUUAUAUUAUGAGGUGGACUUUAAUUAGCAGUCAUUGCUACAGGAUUUCUCCACCUAUUCAUCAAACAUGAGAAAGUUUCGGAGUUUAAAUGUUGCACAUGUUUGUCCACCCACAACAUCCAAUUUGGAAGACGAUCCAACAUUCCUAUUGGGAAAAAAACAUCUAGUGUGAGCCGUCACCCUGGCUCUUUAGAAGCUGUUUUGUAUUCUAUCACACAGAGUUCAAAGGGAAUGGUGCAGAGAGUGUAGGGGAACAUGGUGUGGUACCGACGGUGACCAUCACUCACAUGUAACCACGGCAGCAAGCGGGCGCCACGGUAGAAUUCCUUCUCUCCGUGUCUCCAUGUCACGUGUAGUAACCACGGUGGUCACUACAAGACAGGUAGAAUGAGAUGCGUUUUUGGCUUAAUGCCUGCUCUGUCUUUUUCUUUCACGUUUUCUAUUUCCUCACUCUCCCCAUCUCAACCAGUUCCGUCGAUUUUUUUUAGUUGCUGUGGUGACCAGCGUCUUUUGUUCUGUCCAUCAACAGAGCCCCUUGUUCUAGAGCUUAUUAAAACAGCUUGUUCCUUCAGCCACCCCCACUGUCCCUAGUGGCCACUCUUUCGGCCGGAGGGCGGCCACUCGUUUGACAGGGAACACAUUACUUGACACACCACGGACUUUGCGAGGCCAAAUGUGGUAUCAGACUCGCUAAAUGACUUCAGGGAUGCAACAAACUUGACGUUACUGAGUCUGUAUGCAAUUAUGAUAUAAAACUGCACACCUGCUGAUUUUCAAGCUCUGGUCGGGGUUAGCGUCUGGAUUUUGCUUCUUUGGGUUUGAUAUGGUCUGCACGGUAUUGAAACCACACAGUUGCAUUGGAAAACAAGAGGUUAAUCAAUCACGAAAAUGAGCACACGGUCGACUUACUUUUCUUUUUAUCCCCACGCAAAGUGUUUGACGGAUUGGGUAAAAUGCAUCAAAUAAGUAAUAAAUAGUAUACAAUAAAAAGAGAGAGAGAGAGAAAGAAAGGUUAAAAAAAAUUGAAGGGAGUUCAGAAUUGCAGUGCAGUCGACCAAAUAUCAGGUUACCUCACCUUAGACAUUGAUUGAGAUGUAAUGUGUUCGUCAGUCACAGCGGGAGUCAGACCGCAAACCUCAACCUCAUAUCACAUCACUUCAAACACAAUCUGUUCCUGAUUGAGUCGCGGCAGGCGCAGCACACACAAAGGCUGCACAGUCCCAGUUGUAUUCAAACUGGAAAUGGGACCCCGGCUGCACGAUGGCUGCAGAAGCGCACAGUCCAUUUAAAAAGCGCUACCCGACAGACGACAUAAGUGCAUAUCACUGCUAUCGUUGUUUAUGUGGGGGGAGGAGGGGGGUAAAUGGAGAUGGGUUGAAAGAAGAAGAGGAGAGAGAAGCCGUCGGUAACCAUGGAAGCAUGGCUCUUCACAUGAAAUCAUUGGUUUGUUAACGGUGCAGAAUGCGAAGCAGACGCCGCUGAGCUGGCAGAGCAGGUUGGCCAUUUUGCUGCUCGGAGGAUUCCCUUUUUUGCGAGCGUGGAGAUAAGAGAGCAAACGGUUACAGUCACCAGCUCACGGGGAAUAGAAAGAGCUGCACACUGUCAGUGAAUUCAAACCAGGCUGGUCUGCUGUACUCAAAAUACACUAUUUGCAUUUUUGCAAAAAAUGAUUUUUUUGGAAUAUUAAUGUCAAUCUGUUUAUUUUUUUCAAAGGGGUUCAUGUAUUAUUUCCCACAUGUAUCUCCUGUCUUGAAUAAAACGUGGUUGACAAAGCAAUGAGUAAAAAAAAAUAGGUAUCCACCAUUGUGUAAUACCUGACAUAACAACUGGUGUGUGGACUUGUACAUGCAUGCAUUGUAUGCAGGUUUGCCACAUUCAGAAGGAGCCAUGUACAGAUGCUCUGUUAAUGUGUAAUAAUCCAAUCGACUGUUAAUAUCGUUUUUAUUUAGGAUCAAAGUUCUAUGUUGUAAGGGGUGGGUCUAAUGCGGCUGCAGCUUUUCUGACAAAACAAAGUCAGUUGUAGGUUUGUGGAAGGGGUGUUUUCUUUUAUCGCGACUUUUUGACUGUUUCUAAGAAGAGAGCUGUUCUGUAGAGGACAGUCUUUCUCUGAUUUUAUGAGAUUAAAGUGCACUGGAAAGAUUCAGUGCUGAGCCCGCACGAAUGGAGUCUAGUGUCAGUGCUCAAGUGGACAGCAAGACUUGAAGAGGUGGUCUCCAAAAUGCUCUUAGUGUAUCAACGUAGACGAUUCAAGUUGUCGUCAUCGUUUCCCAAGCAGGAACUUAAGUUACCCACUAGUCCAUAAUAGUUAUUUGAUAAAUGCAGAUGUCCUUUUAACAUGGGUGAUAUUGCAAUUUGGAACAAAACCCUGGUUCAAAUCUUGCUGCUUUAUUUGAUUUAUUUAUUGUGGUUUAUUGAUUACUGAACAGGAUUUUAAUACACUGUACAAUAGAAUAGUUUAUCUAACAAAACUUGAUGGUAGUACAAAAAUCAAGCCCCAGAUGUAUUUUACAAAUUCCUUAUUUAUCAUAUCUACAGGAAUUAAUUUGAUCUAUAGUCUACUAUAUAUUGAUUACGCAUCAUGACAAGGCACUUUUUAUACCAUAAACCAUAUUCGGUCAUUUUUACUGUGACAUGAAGCGCUAUAAUACUUUUUAAGAAGGAAACUUGUUCAAGGUUGUGUGUUUGUACAGCAAUCCCAAAAAUGUAUGACAAUGGUUCUGAUAUGAUUUUGCAUAGAGAGUAUUUUACUACCGUGUGUUAAAAGUUGGAUUUGAAUUAUUUGUGCCGUUUGUCCCACAUUUAUAAAUGUUUAAACUAUUUGAUUUCAAAAUGUUUUGUAACAAGAUUGUAACAACAGAGUGUGAUCGCUACAGGUUUGGGAAAAUCUUGUACUUCUUUCCCAAAUUUGCAUUUCAGGAAUUUAACUUUCUCUUUACUGCUUCUAAAGUAUUUUGUCCUUAAAAGAAACUUAAAUGUAGCUUUCUGAAAUCAUAACAACCUGCGUUACAUCUUGUGUUACAUGGUUGAAUAGAAUUUGGUCAAAAUAUGUUUGAGGACUAAUUUGCAGGUAUCAGGUUUUCUUCCAAUAGCCGCAUGUUUCAGCAUUCCACACAAUUAAAGAUUUUUAUGGGAAUUCA